AUGUACAACAAUUGCAAAGAUGCAUUUGCUAUUUGCAGGUAUGCCGGAUACCCUAGCUAUUUCAUUACUAUCACAUGUAACCCAGAGUGGACCGAGAUUAAAGAUUGCGUUGCGGCCUAUUCAUUAAACUCAAGUGACAGGCCAGAUAUCAUAUCAAGGGUUUUCAAAAUCAAGUUAGAUGUCUUGAUGAAAGACUUAAAGGAUGGGUCCAUAUUCGGAAAGCCUAAAAGAAUUGUGUACACAGUUGAAUUCCAAAAGUGUGGUCUUCCCCAUUGUCAUAUUUUAUUGUUUGCUCAACCAGCCGAGAAGCCUCGAUCAUCUGAGGAUAUCGACCAUCAUAUAUCGGCUGAGAUACCCGACGAACACACGCAACCUAAGCUAUACAUCUUAGUCCAAAAAUUCAUGAUUCACGGACCAUGUGGGGUUUUGAACAUGAGUAGCCCGUGUAUGGUUAAUGGGAGGUGUUCCAAGUUUUAUCCAGUACCUUUCUGUGAGAAAACAUCCAUAGACAGUACAGGUUUUCCCAGGUAUAAACGAUCGGAUAAUGGUCGUUCAACAAGCAAGAGGAAUGUUAAUCUCGACAAUAGGUUUGUUGUCCCAUACAAUGCAACAUUGCUCCUUAAGUAUGGCUGCCACAUAAAUGUUGAGUAUACUUGCCAGACGUCUGCUAUGAAGUAUUUGUUCAAGUAUGUCCACAAAGGUAAUGAUCGUGUCACAGCUUCGUUCUUCCGAUUGCAUGAUUCAGUUGGUUCUAAUGUCACUGUAGAUGAAAUCCAAAACUACUAUGAUUGUCGGUAUAUAUCAGCGUGUGAGGCAUUCUGGCGGCUAUUCGGGUUUGAGAUUCAGUACAAAAAGCCUAACGUCAUCCGCCUUCCAUUCCAUCUUCCAAAUGAACAGAAUGUUUUGUACGAAGAUCACCAGCUUAUUGAGAAUGUUAUCGACGCUGCGGUCUCAAAGGAUAGUAUGUUUAUUGGUUGGUUUAAGGCUAACAAGAAUUUUGAACUGGCCCGUACACUGACUUACGCGGAGAUGCCGUCAUUUUUUGUCUGGGACAAGCAAGGGUAUAUGUGGAGGCCACAGAAGCAAGGGAAUGUCAUAGGUCGUCUCACACAUAUUCCUCACUCGCAUGGAGAGGAGUACUACCUUCGUAUGUUAUUGAAUUAUCAAAAAGGGUGCCAGACAUUUGCUGAUGUGCGUUCCGUUGGUGGGGUUGUGUACGAUACAUUCAAAGAGGCCUGUUAUGCCCUAGGGUUAUUGCAGGAUGAUAGGGAAUUUAUUGAUGCAAUUAAUGAAGCCAGCUCAUGGGCAUCACCGAAUUAUAUCAGGAGGUUGUUUGCAAUGCUUUUGAUGUCGAACAACAUUGUGCGUCCUGACAUGGUGUGGGAGAAAUGUUGGCAACAUUGCGUGGACAACUUGCUUCCUUCUGGAAGACAUCACUUAGGUAAAGUUUCCGGAUUGCUUUUACUAUCUGGUUACUGUUUCGCAUUAAAUUCAUACCACUCCAUUCAAAAACGUCCGUGUUCUAUUCAUGAGAUUAAGUCCAUCACGCUUGCCGAAAUUGAAAAACUCUUGCAGCCGAAUGGUCGGAGCUUGAAAGACUUUCCUGACAUGCCGUUUCCUGAUUAUGCUGGUUUACCUGAACCUUCCAACACAAUCUUUUCUGAUGAGCUAAAUUUUGAUAGGACAGAAUUGGCAAGUGUCGCCGUGGAUUUGAUUUCCCGGUUGAAUCGAGACCACCGCAUUGCGUUCGACACAAUAGCAAAUGCAGUUCGUCGUGACGCUGGUGGUUUUUUCUUUGUCUGUGGUUAUGGUGGAACUGGUAAGACCUUUCUAUGGAAUGCGAUGUCUGCUUCGAUAAGGUCUAAGGGUGAUAUUGUCCUCAAUGUUGCAUCCAGUGGCAUUGCAGCUCUAUUGUUGCCUAAUGGGCGAACUACUCAUUCACGCUUUAAGGUUCCGCUCAGUGUUAACCAGGACUCUAUUUGUAAUAUAAGGCAAGCCACACCCCUCGCGCAUCUUAUUUCAUCUGCAAAAUUAGUUAUAUGGGACGAGGCACCUAUGUUAAAUAAAUUUUGCUUCGAAGCGCUAGACAAAUGCCUUAAGGAUGUUCUUCGAUUUGAUCGUGGAUAUAUUCCUCAUGCCCCAUUUGGUGGGAAAAUUGUUGUUCUAGGAGGUGAUUUCCGUCAGAUAUUGCCUGUGAUUCCUCGUGGUUCUCGGGAAGAGAUCGUUCACUCGUGUAUUAAUGCUUCGAACUUGUGGAAAUCUUGCCAAGUGUUGCAGUUAACUAAAAACAUGAGACUAUCCCGUGGAUCACGAGAUAUCCAUGGUGUACAAUUGAAGGAAUUUGCUACAUGGUUGCUUCAAGUUGGUGACGGGUUAAUCGGAGACAAUGCCGAUGGCGAAUCAGUGAUCAGAAUACCCGAUAACUUGCUGCUUAAUGUUGAGUCUCCCUGUCUGCAUGAUUUGGUGUUGUUCGUUUAUCCUGACAUCUUAAUCUAUUCUUCUAGCGUGGAUUAUUUUAAGGGUAGGAGUAUAUUAGCACCAACACUUGAUGUCGUUAAUGAAGUAAACAAUCAUGUGAUGUCUUUGAUCCCUGGCAACGAGAGGGUAUACUUGAGCUCUGAUACACUAAUUAGUGAAGAUGGUCACCUGGAAUCUGAAUUAUAUACAAUGAGCACCGAAUCAUUGAAUGUGCUAAAUUGUUCAGGAAUUCCCCAACACCGGUUAGUUCUUAAAAUCGGUGUUCCUGUGAUGCUUCUUUGCAAUAUUGACCAAUCCAAUGGACUAUGCAAUGGUACGCGCAUGCAGGUUAAACAUCUUGGUGACCAUAUCAUUGAGUGCGUCAUCUUAGCAGGUCGUAAUACUGGUGAUGUUGUAUUUAUUCCCAGGAUGAACAUGUCACCCAAUAACGAUACAUUACCAAUCAGGUUUACUCGACGCCAAUUUCCGGUUGCUCUUUGCUUUGCGAUGACCAUAAACAAGUCCCAAGGUCAAACGCUGUCAACCGUUGGUGUCUAUCUUCCGAGGCCUGUUUUUACUCAUGGUCAGCUUUAUGUUGCACUUUCUCGGGUCAGCAUGCAUUCUGGACUGAAGAUUUUAUCCGUUGAUUCUAACGGCAAAGUUUCAAAUCAUACUAUUAAUGUGGUCUAUAGAGAAGUUUUUACCGGGAUGCUACCUAACAUUCUCCCUUGA